AUGAUUGAAGAAGAGACAAGGCUAUCUUUAAUAAAAGAGCUCUUGGAAAUUCCUAUAGCAGUUAGAUCUCUUUAGAAUAUCGAAAAAUUAGCUGAAUUAACAAAAGAUUAUGGGUUUUUUUAAACUGAUUUGCUAAAUUAAUAGAAUGGCGAAAGAAUACAUUAAUUAGUUUGCCAGUAUAUGACAUACCUUGUUGUUAACAAAGAUUAAAGUCUGUUUACAUUGGGUGAAAAAGGUUAGUAUUUCUAUCUGAUUUUGAAGGGAAAGGUAGGCAUGUAUAUUUAAAGGAAAGAUCCUACAAAUGGUGAAAUAGACCCUUACAAUUAUGAUAAGAUCAAAGAAAUUCCAUAGGGAUACGCUUUUGGAGAAUUAUCUCUUUAAAGCGACAAAUAGUCGAUUGUUUUGGCCAAGUGUGAAACUAAUUGCGAGUUUGCAGUUCUCACUAAAAAUAGAUAUAAAAACUUACUCCAAAUCGCAGGAAUUAAAUUCUUAAUGAGUGAAAUAGGAUUUUUAAACAGUCUUCCAUAUGAAAAAAAAGUAAAAGAAAAACUUAUAAAACUUCUAUUUACAAAAAGGCAAGCAAUCAAUUUUCAUAGAGGGUAGGUUGUAUAUGAGGAAGGUUCUUAAGUGGGUGAUGUAUACCUCGUUAGGUCUGGAGAGUUUAAUAAAAUGAAAAAAAUCGUUAACAAGCCAGAAGAAGUCGAAUAAUACUGGCAACUUCCUCCUGAUGAAAUUCAUGUUAACCAAAGAAGCUCUGUCAAAGCAAAUAAAAAACCACCCAAAGAAUCAAAUGUUCAAAUUGGAUUGAUUCAAAGCUAAAGCUUAGUUGGCGAGUAUGAAAUAGUAAAUAAUCUAAAAAAGAGGCAAUUCACUUUAAUGUGUUACUCUUAAGAAGGAUAACUUUAUGUUUUUAGUAAAAAAGACUUUGAAGAAUACAUGCUCUCUGAAGAAUUUGAUAGAGAAUAUCUACUUAAAAGAGCUACCAAGAUAUGCUAAAUGGAACAAGAAAUACUGACAAAAAAUUAAAAUGGAACUUUAUACAAUCACUUUUUUUCUUUUGAAAAUGCUUACAAACACAAUAGAAUACAAUCAAAGAGUAACGUAUUAGAUGAAUCCCCUCUUCCUUAUUCUAGUAAAGGAUAUAGCUCACCAAGAUUGAAAUUAUAGAGUUCAUUAUUUACUUCAAGAAAAACUAGCUUAGCAGCAGAGCCAGCAUCUUCAUUGUCAAAUUUGUAACUAUUAAAAUAAUAAUCGAUAGGUUUAAUCUAAGUACCUAAUUCACCAACCAAAAAGUAUGUUUACAAUUCAUACUUUCCAUCUGAUCAAGAGAAUCUUAAUCAGGUUGAACAUGUCUUACAAGUUCCUUCUUUAAAAGAAAAGAAAAAUAUUACUCUAGAAAAUAUAAAGAUGUAUACUCCAAGCUACAUAAGCAGAGAUAGCUUGAAUAGUCCUUAAUCAUUAAAUACCUUGAGUCCUCCAAAAAGAAAAAUAAAGUUAUAAUUAAAGAUCAAGACAGAAUAGAAUUUGGAUGAUUAACAUGACAUAUAAAGAAGUUAUAACCAAAAAUAAAAUGAAUUAGUAAUAAAUUAAAAUAAUAAAAUUUAAUAAAACUAAAAUUUGUAAAGUAAAAUUAGCUAGAAUUCGUUAAAUUAAAUUAGCUUAAAUUAACUUACAAUUGGUAAUGCUUCGAAAUCUUACAGUUUUUCACCUUAAAAAAUAAAUUCAUAUUAUCAAUCAAAGAUUGUUUAGCAGCAUGGAGAAAAGAUGAAUACAACUCCAAGCUAAAUAGAUUAAGAAUUUAAACCAGAGUAAAAGAUAGCAACAAUGUAAACAUUUGAUUUUCUAAAUCCAGACAUAUAAACGUUUAGUAAACUUGGGACUUUGUAAGAUGAAUAUUAAACUUAAAUAUCAUCAAAUAAAGGCUUAAGUAAUUCAAUGUUUCCUGUCACUAGCGAGUUCAUGACAAACGAUUAAGAUACUCAAUAGAUAAGAUAAAAAAAUAAGUCAAAAACUGAAUUAGGGUAAAAACAGCUGCAAUUUCUAUUACAAAUGCAAGAAUAAGCAAGUAAAAAAAGUGUUUAGAGAUCUUCUUUUAAUCAAUUUGAUAGAUCAUUGAAAAAACCUAAAACUUUUGUAGAAAAUGGGCACGUUGAUCCAUUUGUAAAGAUGUUUCAUAAAAGAUUAAAAUAUAACUUUUUUCAAUAGUAUGGAAAGGUUGAUUUAUAAAAUUUAAAAUCACAUGUAAGAAAUGAUGCUACUAAGCAAUUACCUGAUAUAGAUCACAAUAUUCCUUCAUUAACAGAUAUUAGAUUAUUAAUGGAAGAAUAUUUAAAUUAUAAAAAUGAAUAAGAAAUUAAGAAAAUUAAUCAAAAAUAUAUUCAAUAAUCGUCAGAUAUCAAAAAAAAUAGUUCUAUUUAAAGCUAAUUUAAUGAAAAAUAAAGUAAUGAAGAAGUAAGCAGUUUAAAAUAAAAUGCAUUUACUUAAAGGUCAAGUAAGGAUAUUUCAAAUUAACUUAACUAAUUUAUCUAGUAACCAAAUUUGUAAGAAGAUACCCUUACAGCAAAAGUAUCUUAAAAGGAUUUAAAAUUAAUUUAAGAUUAAUAUUAUAGUAGUGAGUAAAAUAAACAAGAAAUUAAAUAACAUCAUUAAAAGUAGCAUUCACUGACCACAUCUAAUUUUUAAAAUAAUAAUGAAGCAAAAAACAAAAUAAAUUAAUUAGAAAAUUAAAAGUUAGAAGAUGUUCUUUAGUAAAAAAAUUCCUUAGACCCUCUUAAAUCUUAAAAAACUAAAAAUUAAUCUCCUGAAAGUAGAUAAAAAUAAAUUGAUUUCCAAAAAAAACUAGGGUAUUUAAAGUACAUAACAAGUGACCAUAAAUUAGAUAGGAAAAAUAAUAAACAAUUCAUUAAUUUAGGAUAAACAACUUCAAUUAAUAUAAAAUCUUUAAAUAAACUAUCAUUGACUGAUAAAAGAAGCUCUGAAAGUGAUAUUAAUUUAGGUUUAUUUACUGCUAGACCAUCCCUUCCAAAAUAAAUCAAGUCAUUUAGUAAUUUGAGUGGUUUUUCCUCAAAGAAUAAAGAUAUUUUGAGUCAUAUAAAUCCAAAAAUUGAAAGCAAGAACUUUAAAUCAUAUAAAUAAGAAUACACUUAAGAUCUUAAAGGCUAACUUUCAGCAAGAUAAUUUGAUUAAAAUAGCUCUUAAAAGAAAUAUAAUCUUAUAAUAAUGUCUUAAGAGUUUUAGAAUAAUUAAGGAACUGAAAAUCCAAUUUCACCUCAAUAAUAGUAAUAAAUAUAAUUAGAAGAUUCAAAAAAGAAGAGAUAAAGAAUUAUUAUCGUAUGA